AAUUGUGUUUAUAAUCUCGCGAUAGUAGUCCUCUGUGCAUCCACUGCGCCAGAAUGUGUGUUUUCUGAUCUCUAAGUGUUGCCAGAAGGAGCUGAUUGAUUUAGCUCAAUUUUAAAUGCUAGCUAGCUAGCUUGUUUAGCUUAGCCAGUUGGCUAAUCUCGGUAAAGCGGUGUAGAGCCGGAGUCUGGCGGAGCGGUGAAAUGGAGACCCACAUCUCAAGCCUUUUCCCGGAGAUUUUAGCGAUGAUCUUCAGCUACCUGGACGUGAAAGGUAAAGGCAGGGUUGCUCAGGUGUGUGUGGCCUGGAGAGACGCAUCCUACCACAAAUCAGUGUGGAGAGGAGUCGAAGCCAAACUCCACCUGAGGAGAGCGAACCCGUCCUUAUUCCCCAGCCUUCAGAGCCGAGGGAUUAAAAAAGUGCAGAUCCUGAGUCUCAGACGCAGCCUCAGCUAUGUCAUUCAGGGCAUGCCGAACAUCGAGAGCCUUAACCUGAGCGGAUGCUACAAUCUGACAGACAACGGACUCGGACAUGCAUUUGUGCAGGACAUUCCUUGCCUGAAGAUCCUCAACCUCAGCCUCUGUAAGCAGAUUACAGACUCCAGCCUUGGCCGAAUUGCACAGUAUCUAAAGAACCUGGAGUUUCUGGAGCUCGGGGGGUGCAGUAACAUCACCAACACCGGCUUGCUCCUUAUUGCAUGGGGCUUGCACAGGCUCAAGAGCCUGAAUCUACGCAGCUGCAGGCACGUCUCCGACGUGGGCAUCGGUCACCUGGCUGGCAUGACGCGCAGCGCCGCUGAAGGUUGCCUCGGUUUGGAGCAUCUCACUCUGCAGGACUGUCAGAAACUGACCGACUUGUCACUCAAGCACAUCUCAAAGGGCCUGAGCAAACUCAAAGUCCUGAACCUGAGCUUCUGUGGCGGCAUUUCAGACGCCGGAAUGAUUCACCUGUCGCACAUGACCCAGCUGUGGACUCUGAACCUGCGCUCGUGUGACAACAUCAGCGACACAGGGAUCAUGCACCUGUCCAUGGGCUCGCUCCGGCUGUUCGGGUUGGACGUGUCGUUCUGCGACAAAGUGGGAGACCAGAGCUUGGCUUACAUCGCCCAAGGACUUUAUCAGCUCAAGUCGCUCUCGCUGUGCUCGUGUCACAUCAGCGACGAUGGAAUCAACAGGAUGGUGCGGCAGAUGCACAAACUGAAGACGCUGAACAUUGGACAGUGCGUGCGCAUCACAGACAAGGGCCUGGAGCUCAUCGCUGACCACCUGACUCAGCUGACCGGCAUCGAUCUGUACGGCUGCACCAAAAUCACCAAACGGGGACUGGAGCGGAUAACGCAGCUCCCGUGCCUUAAAGUGUUGAACUUGGGGCUUUGGGAGAUGACUGAGGUGAAAGGGUUAGGUGAUAUCUGAUCAGGCAUCAAAACUUACACUUUAUACUACCUCAUUUAACAUUGUCACCAUGUUUUUAUUUUUAUUUUAUAAGAAAUGUGAAGGAACUUUUAAUUAGUUUAGUGUUAUGGAAAUAAGAACACUGAACACCCUUUGGUUAUAUUGUUUAAUAGUAUAUAUUUCUUAAAUGCCUUUUUAUUAGUAAGUGGAUAGUUGAAUUAUUUUAGGGUGUCUUGUGGCACUAUUCUUUAAAAAAAUAUUUUCUCACUCUCAAUUAGAU